AUGUCUAUUGCGAUAGCAACCACGGUCUUGAACCCCGCGCAGAACCUCGACAUCUGGCUCGACUACCACCUGCUGCGCUGUGCCGUGAUCAUCCUCUAUCUCGAUGACCCGGCCCGGCGCGGCUUAUUCGAGCCGCUCUGCAAAGGCCGGUCGGUGUUACUCUUCGACGGCGCCCAGGAUGCGCCAACCAUGUCGCGUCCCUCCCGACUUCUGGUCCGGCAAUCUAGCAACCUAAAGCACGCUAUCUCGUAUCUAUUGGAACCGGAUCAUGGCGGGGUCGAGUGGCUGCUGCACAUCGACCAGGAUGAAAUCCUCUUCGAGAAUGGGCACACCUCUUGGGCAACCGAUCCCCGCAUCGGACACGUCACAUUCACCAACGACGAGGCCGUGCCACUGAGACACAGCACCUCUAACGCGUUUGCCGACUGCGUCUGGUUUCAGGCCAACGGUCCUGAAGCGGAGCCCUUCAUGGCGUACGGAAAUGGCAAGAGUGCGGUGCGGCUCUCGACCGGGGUGGAGCCCGAUGGUGCGCAUCGGUUUAUCAACUUCCAAGGCGACGCCAUCACCCUCCCCGAUAAUGCACAGGCAGCCAUGGCAGGGCAGGGCCCGUACCCUGUGCUGCUGCACUACCCUUACCCCUCGUUCGAGAGCUGGAAGGCUAAAUUCACCCUGUACGGCCGGUUCUCGGACUACUGGAUGGACGACGAGCAGUAUCCGAACCGUUUGGAUUUCAUGACACAAUCUCGAGACCAGGCGUUGGUCGCACUGCAGGAUCAAGAGCGGGGUGGCGCUGCAGAUCCCUGGGCCGAAGCCAAACGCUUCUUUGAGACACGGGCCUUCGUCGGGGAAGAGCUGCAGCGAAGGAUCGCGGAUGGUAGGGUGAGGCGCUUCGCGCCGUUCGGGGAAGCCCGGGCGAAGGAGCCGGGCAGGGAACAGGAGGGAUUGGGAGAAGCGGACGCAGAUUGA